AUGGAUAAGAAAGAUGUUCAUUCAAUUUGCAAAUGUCAAAAAGAGAAUAAACAUCGUAGUUCGAGAUUUUUCGAAUGUAUUCAAUUGCUUGCCGCAUUUUUGGUACCUAUUGCCAUUGCUGUUUAUACAUUUGUACAAAAUGAUAAUGAUCAAGCCAUUGCAUUAGCCAAUAGAGAAAAAGAUUUGGAAAUAGCUCAAAAUCAGCGAGCACAAGAUUUACAGAUAGCUGAAGAUCAACAAAAAGCAAAUAUUCUUGCCGCUUAUGAAACUUUUCUGGUUGAUCAUUUAAAUCGUUAUGGUAUGACACUCAAUGGAAGUACAUCAGCUAGAUUUGUAGCUCGAUUCAAGACGUUAACAGCCGUUAAUCAACUAGAUCGAAAUCGUAAAACAUAUCUUAUUCGAUCACUCUUUGAAGCUAAAUUAAUUGUGAAUGAUUAUAAUUCAAAUGAUCCUAAAGGUUCAGGUAUAAUUUCAUUGGAAGAUGCUGAUCUCAGUGAAAUUUCAUUGGCACAUCGUACGCUCAAAUAUUUAUCAUUACCUAAAACGAAUCUUACACGAUCAUUAUUUGCUGAUGCAGAUCUCUCAUGUGUUAAUUUCUACUCGACUAUUCUUAUAGAUAGUGAUUUUAGUAAUGCAUAUAUUUUAGAAAUAAAAAAUUGUUUUCUCAAAUCUAAUGAAUAUAAUCGUACAAUUUUUACUGAAGCAAUAAUGAAUAAUACCAAUCUUUUUCAUGCUGAUUUUAUUUUUACUGAUUUUACACAAGCAAUUCUUGUUCAUGCUAAUAUGCGUUAUUUCAUUUGUAUUGUAUGUUUAUUUGUUAAUACAAAUAUGUUUCGUGCAGAUUUGAGCUUCUCUAGAAUGGCAAUGCAUUGUAAUUUUCAAUUGACCAAUCUAACGGAAACUGUACUUCUAUCAGCUUCGUUCAGUGAAGUAAUAUUUAUUGAGACAAUAUUUACUCGUAUUCAAACAACAGAAAUUCGAUUUGAGCAAUGUUCUUUUUCAUCAAUAAAUUUUACCAAUUGUACAUUUGAUAGAUCAUUGAUUGUUCAAUCAAACUUUUCUAAUAUAUAUUUUAAUAAUGUUAACUUAAGAGAAUCUAUUAUAAAAAAUGUUCAUUUUAUAAAUAUUUCAAUGCAAAAUACUAAUCUGAGCAGUACAAUAUUCAAUCAAUGUAUAUUUAUUAAUGUUGAUUUCAAUGAUGCCAUAUUAACAAAUGUUACGUUUCACAAAUGUAUAUUUCAAUCAAGUUUAAUUAGAAAUAAACAAAAUUUACAAGUGACAUCAUUCAAUGGAAGUAUUUUUUCUUAA